CAGUAGGCCAUUAAAAGCGGAGUGGAAGAAUUGAUGCAGUUUUCUCCCCCCCCCCCCAAUGCCUUGUUAAGAGAAUCAUUCAUGUCCUCCCCAAAGGCUGCCUCUCAUUAGCAUGAGCCUGGGGAGGGCAGAACAAGCAAACUACAGGCAUUCUGGUACAGACAUAUCUCAGCUAAAAUGAUCACAGCAGCUGUGUGGAUUCUACUGUCUACAGCGUUAUCCCAAAAUACUUCUGGAAGGACAGGUAAGCGAUCCAUUGAACAGGUUAACUUACAGCUAAGAGAUCACUAGGCUUCCAUUUAUUACAUCUGUCCGUAUGAUAUUUAUUCACCCAGUGUGCUAACUAAACAAAAAUAUAGGCAACCUUUGAGCAGAAACAGCUAUUUCUCUCUCUUUUUUUUUUUUUUAAAUAUGCUAAAUAAAAUAAAAAACAUGACUUUUGAACUUAGUAUUUGACUCAAAGCUUUAGCUAAAAAGAAAUUGCUUUACAUAGCAAAAACGCUUUACUUUAUUAAAUGAUUACAAACAAUGAACACUAUUAAAAUAUAAUAUGUGAGAUAACGCACAUUUUUUAAAAUUAUUAUAAUCUUUAUUUAUAAGAAAUACAUAUAACACAUAGAAACAUCAUUCAUUACACAGAUUUUUAUGGUAUUGGCGUGCAAAUUUAAAAUUUGUACGAGUUUAUUGAAAAAAGCUGUGAAAUGUAGAAAACUGCAAAGGGAGUUGAAAAUUUAUGCCAAAUUAGACAAAUUAAAAAAAAAAUUACAAUGCGGCUAUAGUUUCAGAUUUUUUAGCAAAGAAAUGUUUGUUUAUUCCAGUCCUGCAAUUUGAUUUUCAAUUCACUGUUAAGGAAAUAAUUAAAUACUUUUCAGAGGGGAGAGAAGUCUGAUAUGAAAACAUGGCCAAAUAAUGAUGUGAUAAAAUAUUACUAUGAAAUUAAAUAUAAUAAAAAAUAUAUAAGAAGCUUACUUUUUAAGGUUUUUUGGGUUUUUUUGUGCGCAAAUCUUCAUACAUUACAUCAUUAGCUUUGAGCUAUGCCAGCAAGUAACUUGAUUAAUUAAGAACUUCUUAUUCUGACAAUUGAAGCAGAAUUCUUAACCCAGCAGUGCGAGUGUUAAAAUGCAGAUAUAGCACUAAAUGCGUCUCUCUGCAGAGAUUGGAUAUAUAACAGUCACUAGCAUUGAUGAGAACUCACUUACCAGAAAUCUCUCAGGUUUGUAAGGGUGCAAUAAGGAAGCUGUACACAGGUACAAUAACCAUCAAGAAGCAAGUAUUUUCGGACGUGGAGGUGAAACAGAGGAGGUGGGGUUUAAGAUAAAUAAUGUUGCAAAACAUUUUUAUUCUUCCAAAAACUUAAACGUGCAAAAGUAAUACAGGUAGGCCAAAAAGCUAUAAAAUGCAUCAAUGUUGUAUUGAUGCCUGAAGUGUCCACAUAAAUAUUUAUUUAUCCCAUACACGGACCACUACCAAUACUGAUGGAAGGCGAGUCCAUGUACACACUACUCUCCAACGCAUGUCCGAUAUAUCUUGAAUUUUUUAAAAUAUCUAUAAUUGUGCUGAAAUGUGAUUUUCUGUACCCACUACACUGAUUCACAUUCCAUUCAACUCGUUCCUAUUGUACGAUUUUUAAAAUUAUUUUAUUUAAAACUCUAUAUUGUAGUAAUAAGGGUAUACAGAUAAAUCAUACGUAGAGAUUGAGUAUAUUGGUGUAGUUAUGUAGUUAUGAUGGACAAAAAAGUUACAUGCACCCAGUGUAGACAAUUUUGAAAAUAGUUUGCCCCUUGAGUCCAGAUGAAGGCAAAUUGUUAUCUGGGAUUGGGAAGACUUAACAAGGGUAUCAAGAAAUUUUGUUUAAAACAAAAUGCCACUUUGGAAAAAUGUUCCAAAAUGUGUUAUUUUUCCAGUUUGGCCAUUUGAAUCUAAAACAUGCAAUUGUUGAGUUACAGCUCUUAGAUGCGAGGGGCCUAGCUUUGCAAGUAAAAUGUGGGGUACAAUUGAUCAACCCCAUGAUAAAGGCCUUAAAUAUUGUUCUCAGAGUUAGUUAGCAGAAGCAGUAAGUGUAGCAAUGUUCAUUAUACUUCUAUAUCGCCUUUUGCCAAUUCAGCUGGUAUUGUAGGCUGAAUUUUAACUAUUGACAAGUUAGACCUUAUCAGCUGAAUUUGGCACCCAGAUUUUAUAAGAGAAAUUAAAUGUCACUCGGUUGUCACGUAUAGGCCUCGUUUAAUUUUUUUUUUUUUUUAUAAGUUUUUAAAACAAUUUUGUUUUUCAAAAUAUUAAACUGUCAAAAAAUAUACCAUGUAUAAAAAACAUAUCACUAUAUUAAAAAAAAUCUAUAUUUUUUUUAAAAAUAGGACAUAAUUUUUAAAGGUUAUUGAAAUAUCUAAAAUAUUUUGAAAACCUUGUCCAGAAAUAUAAAAUCGAGGCCGUAGUCUGUUCCAGGAGUUCCAAGCAUUUUUAAAAGUUAAGGUUAAAAAUAAAAGUGAUUUGGGAGAAUUUGUUUAAAUUUGUGCUAUUUUAGUCUAAAAUUUGAAAAUUACACUGGAUUCCAGAGAUUACACGUUUUAGUGGAUUUAGUGUAGAGAAAAGGUAACUCAAAACUGGACACAGCAAACAAAACAGUAAUUAAUAUUAUGUACUUUGCAAGAGGCUGGUGUUACAGUUUCCUCGGUGAAAGGCCUCUAGCCAUGAGAACUACAAAUAGAAAUGAUUCUCUUUAAACACAGCAAAACAGAUGCCAACACAAUGGCCGACAUAAACAUGGCUUUCUUAGAAAAGAGGUAUAAAAUGCAGCUCCCGCAUGGGUUAACACCAGACUGUCUCAAACAUCGUCAAUGCCAGACCAUCCAUCCAUGGAUGAGAAUGGAGCAGUGGGCAAAAAGAGGGGCAUGUUUAUAAAGAUCCCAUUCUCUGCUGGUGAGAAUGCUAAGGAAUUGCAAAUUCUAGAUGUCGGUGCUAUUGAGGCAUCCCGCUGAGCGCACAGACUAAUUGUUAUUCUGAAGCUGCAGAGACGUAGGGGGUUAGGAAACCAAAUUUGCAUUCUACAAACAAUUUGGAUUUUUUUUUUUCCCCUCUCCUGUUUUUACACCUCAGUUAACUCUUUGCAGUAAACUUUUCGAUGCACUUGAACCCAGAUAAAUAACACUUCAUUUAAACCAAAUGUAGGAAUUUAACAGAAUCGUCACAAGUUGUUUCGGGGGGUUUUAAAUGUCACACCAGACAAUGUUUGGGGUGUAUUUAUUGAGUUUGGAAUUGUAGUGAUCAGAAACGUUUAGGUCAUAAUGUCGAAGAUGGAGAAAUAAAUAUGCAACUAUUUUUCCAGCUUUUACUUUUUUUUAGCCUUAGCCAUGCAUUUCCCUUUUUACCUGCUGUGUUGUCUAUUCAAUGGCUUUUUACGUUAUUACACACUACGUUUGUACUUUACAAAAAAGUGUAACAAUAUCAAUCUGUAUUCUAGAGGUAGCUCGGUGUUUUUACCAGUUAAAGUGACAGACAGAUUGUGAAAAUCAUGUCUUGCCAUUCCCUAUACAGUGAUGUUUGACACCCUGGACAAUGUGUUAGAAAGCACAUUUCUAAGCAGAAAGGUUCCAAAACUAUGAUUUUGUUCUUGAGCGGAUCAUAGAUGUUCCCAGAAUUAAUGGAGCGGAUAGUUUUUAGCUUGGAUACUUAGAAGGAACGCUAGAUGGAGAGUAGCAUGAUUUGGUUCCUGUUUAAUUGUGUUUUUUAUACACAGGAUAAAAAGGGAUUUGUUUAUUGAACUCUGAAUUAGCGCAUUAACAUCAGAAUUGCAAAAAUAAGGCAAAUACGGAGGAUUUGGAGAGGUUUUCUAACCUGGCUAUAAUUAUUGUUUGGCUUUUUAUACUAAGAUUUACCGGUGAAUGUCGGUUAGCUACAGUUCAGAAACUAGCGAAUAAAACCCACAACUUUUUCUAAACCAUCCCUUGUGUCCUUUUAUUUUCUUGUAGAUCUUUCGCAACCUAAUAAAAGUCCUUUGUUACUAUUACCGCCUGCUUGGAAUGACACAACGUCGAGCCAUGAGCCCGACUUGUCCCUUGAAAUAUUCAGACAACGGAAUCAGGAUAGAUACGCUGGCCGCCAUCUUUUAUUCGCCAAUCAACAGCGGCAGACGCACAAUGGGAAAGUUGUGGUCCAACCAGAUAAAAAAACUAAAGUAAAAAAUUGCCUCGACAAUAACACAGGGCUGAGGAAACCAAAACUACGCCGCAACUGUGCGUCACCCACAGCUACUGGCGUGGAGGCGCCUCUCUCUCCGCCAAAUGUCUAUGUAAAUUCACAAAAAUUGUCACAGGACCAGAGCAAAAGUGAGGUUUCUGCAGAUUCCUUUAAUUUUCACCAAAUAAACUCACGUCAAGAUAAAAUACUGAGUGAUCCACAGGACAUGUUCACCGGUGGUGUGACCAACGCAUAUAACAUAUUAGAUCACGAUAGUAACCGUCCGAGUAAAAUCAACCAGCAAAGAACUGGUGAAGGCUUCCGGAACUACACAAAGCAAUCAUGGAUAACUAAUCGGCAUCCGUCUAGCCUCCUUUACCAAUUCAGUCCAUUUAAAAAAGGUAAAUUUUUCUUACUUAUAAAAAUACAAAACAAAAACAUUUAGGGGAAGUGACCGCAUACAGACAUUUUUUUUAUAUUAUGAUGGCAUUUCUGGAAAUAUACAUUCACACAAAUGCAAACAGGUACUUUAAAAGUAUCCACAAUUGUAUAUGAGAAAAAUGGUAUUCCUGCUUCGAGAUUAAUGUCUCAGACCCUGUCUCCGUUUCAGGAGGUUAAUAUUAUUAUUGUCAUUUAUAUAGCACCAACAGAUUCUGUAGCGCUUUACAAUAUUUUGAGAGUGGGGAUCUAACUAUAAAUAGGACAAUUACAAAAAACUUACAGGAACGAUAGGUUGAAGAUAUAGCUCCAUUAUUGCACUGAUAUAAUAUUGCAUUUUGACAGACCUAUUUUAACAGAUCAUUUUAUGCAAUUGCACAUUUAUCAAGCAAAUUAAGUGCCACAGUUGUAAUUCUGCAACAAACUACUUCUACAGUGAUUGGAGAUCCUGUGAAAUAAAAUUUAAUUCUACGUAACAAUAAAAGAAACAAACAAACACAUUCUCAACUUCAAGAGGUAUUCAUCAUCAAUAUAUCUGCAGUGGAAAACACGCAAUGUGUUUUCUUGAACACGGACAUCAUCUAGCGUGGCACAAGUUGGGGGUAUCACUGCCAGUGACAUAAUCCUGCAACAAUCUAUAAAAAAAAAAUAUCAAUCAUCACCUCUGAUGGUAUUUUAUCUACAGGUGGGGUAGUCAGUGGAAUGGUCAUUUGAUCGACACAAAUUUCUGAAGAUACAAGAACCAGCUAUUUUUUUAAGUUCAGUUAGUUUGACCCAUAUUUUGAUAUUCACUUUUAAAGGGACACUAUAGUCACCUGAAUAACUUUAGCUUAAUGAAGUAGUUUUGGUGUAUAGAACAUGCCCCUGCAGCCUCACUGCUCAAUCCUCUGCCAUUUAGGAGUUAAAUCCCUUUGUUUAUGAACCCUAGUCACACCUCCCUGCAUGUGACUUGCACAGCCUUCCAUAAACACUUCCUGUAAAGAGAGCCCUAUUUAGGCUUUCUUUAUUGCAAGUUCUGUUUAAUUAAGAUUUUCUUAUCCCCUGCUAUGUUAAUAGCUUGCUAGACCCUGCAAGAGCCUCCUGUAUGUGAUUAAAGUUCAAUUUAGAGAUUGAGAUACAAUUAUUUAAGGUAAAUUACAUCUGUUUGAAAGUGAAACCAGUUUUUUUUUUCAUGCAGGCUCUGUCAAUCAUAACCAGGGGAGGUGUGGCUAGGGCUGCAUAAACAGAAACAAAGUGAUUUAACUCCUAAAUGACAGUGAAAUUGCAGGGGAAUGAUCUAUACACUAAAACUGCUUUAUUUAGCUAAAGUAAUUUAGGUGACUAUAAUGUUCCUUUAAUUCCAGGAAAUCCAAAUUUAGCAAAUAAUCCUGCUAGUCUGGUGGGUUUCAAUAAAAAGUUCUUUAAAACAAAAUAUUAUAUAUCCGUUAUAUAGGAUCCGAAAGUAAAGAGAAAAUAUGUCUGAAUGAAUGUCACAAGGAGAAGGAUGAAAGAGACUCUUAUUGUAACAGUGAUUUCGGUAAGUACGUCUUGUCUUAUCAUACAAUAUAUAGAAAGAUGUAGAUAGAAUACACAGACAGCAGAUCAGUGCUUCUUGCACCAUAGGUUACGUUGGGAUAAGUCACAAAAAGGGGUCGACACAUAAUGUUAUUGUUUCACCACUGGAACAAACAGGGACAUCAUAUGCAGGCCCUGGCAACUUCCCAAAUAUAUACUGUAGCAGUACUGCGUUACAAUUCAGUGCAGACUCCCCUGACACUGGCGGAGAAUCCAAUGAGCUAAUGAGAUGUACAUAAUUGGGUUGCCUGUCAAAUGGUUAAGAAUCAUUGCGAUAGACAAACAGACAUAGACGGACAGAUCAACAGACAAUCUCAUCGAUUCUCUUGUGGGCCAAAAGUGUUAAAACAUGAUAAAACAUAGUAAAUCAUUAGCCAAAGUUUUUUCACUCAAGACAGCUCAGUAUGAGGUUCUAGAUUAUUCAUGGUCCAACAGGCAUGGAGGAUUCAUAUUAAUCCAGUGUAGACAACCACAGAACUCUAAAUCAGGGGUGUCCAAAAGGUAGACCCCCAGAUGUUGUAGAACUACAACUCCCAUGAUGCUUUGCAUGACAUUAGAAUGCUUUAAAAUGACAAAGAAUCAUGCCUUUUGGGCACCCCUGCUCUAGAUUAUUCCAGUAAGAUCUGGAAGUCAGAUGUUGGGUUCUAUAUUAUUCCACGGUAGAGGUUUAGAGUUCAUUGAUAUUCCUGCAAAAGUUAGAUCCAGGUUGUAGAUGAGUUUGGGAUAGACCAUUCUAUAAUCAGUUCUACACAAAUCCAGUUUAGAAAGAAAGCUGCUUGGCUCAUAUUAAUUUUUCUCCUUGUGAAAUUACGUCAGCUUAACCGUGGCGUGUUAGGAUGAUGUUUAAUAGUGCUUUAUAUUUGGUUAUAAAUAUAUUAACAUCUUCAUAGCGGUCAAUGGAAUAGUUCACAACGUGGAAACACUCAGCAAAGGGACACACCUUCUGACACUUCUCGUGAACAGCGCAGGGCUGUACAAGAUGAAUCGGCUCUAUAUAACUCCUGACGGGUUCUUCUUUAGAAUAAAGAUUUUGGCUGUGGAUACAUUAAGAUGCCAUAAACCCUGCCUUGACUUCAAACUAGGUAAGCAAAUAUUUUUUAAAAACCGUACAGAGACUGCAGUGAGCAUUUAAAUAUAUAUAUAAAAAAAUACCUUAACCUAUUCAGAGAUAAUCAUAAAAAUAAUUAAAGGACCACUAUAGGCACCCAGACCACUU